CAAGAAAUAGCUGCUUCAAAUUCUGUUUGGCAAUGUGCGGCAUUUGUUGUGUCAUCAGCUUGUCUAUUCAACAUACCAUUGGUAACUUCUUUAAAGAAGAUCUGUUAUGCAGCCUUAGAAGAAGAGGGCCAAACUGCAGCCAACAGCUGAUAAAGACUGAGUCUGAUCUCUUUUAUCAAUGUUUAUUUUCUGGCCACGUGCUUCACAUGAGGGGACUGACAACUCCCCAGCCUCUGGAAGACACCAAUAACAAUGUGUUUCUUUGGAAUGGAGAAGUCUUCAAUGGAAUUCAUGUGGGAACCACAGAGAAUGACACUAAAAUUAUGUUUCAUCAUCUCGCAUCAUGCAAUAAUGAAUCUGACGUUUUGUCACUCUUUUCAUCUGUUCAGGGCCCAUGGUCUUUUAUUUAUUACCAGGCAUCCACACACUCCUUGUGGUUUGGUAGGGAUUAUUUUGGUCGCCGUAGCUUGCUCUGGCAGUUUAAUAAUGGGCUUGAAAAGGCUCUCUGUCUCAGUUCUGUAAGUGCUCUUUCUGGAUCUGACAAUCAAUGGCAAGAAGUCCCAGCAUCUGGAAUUUUCAAAAUUGAUCUCAAGGCCUGUGCUGCAACUAAAUCUUUAACUUUAAUAUUGUAUCCUUGGAAAUACAGAUUCCAAGAGAAUGCAACAGAAGAAACAUUCAAGGAUGGCCUGGAUCAGAUUUCAAAAGAUUUGCCAACCUACAUCUCUCUUGCAAUGAGUGAACCAAAAUUCUGCUUAGUAGCACCAGUUAUUCCUUUAAAUAGAACAGUUCCUGAAAUUAAAACUGAAUGUCAUUGCACUAAUUGUUACAGCGAUUCAGUUUCUGUAGAAAACCUUCAGAGAUUUCUUGCAGAAGAUCACAAGAAAAAAUUGGCCCAUCAGCUCAUAGGUGUUUUAAGUGAAGCAGUAAAGAGACGUGUUUUAUGUCUGUUUAGAGAAACUGAUCAGCUAAAGAGAGAAAUUCAGAGUGUAUCUGCGAGGAAAGCACAUGUUGCAGUACUCUUUUCUGGUGGUAUUGAUUCCAUGCUUAUUGCAGUUCUAACUGAUCGACAUAUUCCUUUGGAGGAACCAAUUGAUCUGCUCAACGUAGCCUUCAUGAGUAAAGAACGUACAGAAUCCAAGGGUGCCAGCAAAAAACAUGAAAACCAGAAAAACCAACUUGAAUUGCUUGCUUGUCAGGAAAACUGUAAAGAACUUGAUAUCAAAAGUAGUGAUAGCUUGUCUUGCUUCAGUGUUCCUGACAGAAUCACUGGCAGGACUGGACUGAAAGAACUGGAGAUGAUUAAUCCUUCGAGAACUUGGAAUUUUGUGGAGAUUAAUGUUACACUUGAGGAAUUGAAAAGAAUGAGACAACAGCACAUAAGCCAUUUAGUUUACCCGUUGGAUACUGUUUUGGAUGACAGCAUUGGCUGUGCAGUUUGGUUUGCUUCCAGAGGAGAAGGUUUUAUUACUAACCAGGGAGAUCUGAAACCAUAUAAAAGUUCUGCAAAGGUUGUGCUUACAGGAAUUGGAGCAGAUGAGCAGCUUGCAGGCUAUUCCCGACAUCGUGUUUGUUUUAAAAAAUAUGGUUUAGAGGGUCUGAUUAAAGAACUAGGAAUGGAACUGGGCCGUAUUUCCUCUAGAAAUCUUGGCCGAGAUGAUAGGAUUAUUGGAGAUCACGGAAAAGAAGCAAGGUUUCCCUUCCUUGAUGAAGAUGUUGUCUCCUUCCUCAACUCUCUGCCCAUUUCAGAAAAAGCAAACUUGGCUCUGCCACGAGGAAUUGGUGAGAAAUUCCUUCUGCGUCUGGCGGCUAAGGAGCUCGGCCUCACAGCCUCCACCAUUUUGCCCAAGAGGGCCAUGCAGUUUGGAUCCCGGAUUGCCAAAAUGGAAAACAGCCGUGAAAAGGCAUCUGAUAAGUGCAGCAGACUCCAGUCCGUGGCAGGAGACUGAUUGUAGGAGACCACCCUGAGCUUUGCUUGCAGUGCUGGACAAGACUCCCACGUUGUUGUUCUCAUCUGUGGAUGUUCAGUAAAGCAGGUCUUUGUUUAAAAGCUCUGUUGUGUCUGCCUCCUUAAUGUAACUGAAAACUUCCUCUGGCCUUCGUGCUAGUGAGCCAGGAGUCUCCCCAUCCCUGGGGGAAGUGAGGCGGGCAGGGCUUCACGGAGCCCUUAUGCUGCUCCCCUGUUAUGCCUGUGCCCCCGGAGCCGCGGGGAAACCUCCAUCUCACUGCCUGCUAUAGCCUGAAGUGAGGAGGCAGGUGAGUAGGGCCGAGGGCUUCCCCCAGUGCUGCUCCCGCGGGCCGAGCAGAUCCGCACCGCAGAGCUCUGCACGUCCUCGCAGGGUAGCAGCGCGUGUCAGUCACGGCCACGCGGCUCC